GCGAGAGAGAUUCACCAGCCUUACAUUGUUAAAUAAAUAUUCUCUCUCUCUCAAAAUGGCAACCAAAACUAAGAACGUUGCAGUGAUGUAUCUUAUGUGCAUUUUAGUUUUUGUUGUGGCUUUUCAGGUCUGCAAAGCUGACAGUGUAGGUGAAAUUUACAGACAAUGUAUGAAAGAAUGUGACGACAAAUGCAAAGCUGAUGGAUACGGCGAUAUCUUUUGUCACGGAAAGUGUUCUGUGCCCUGUGAUGCCAAACAACGACAAGAUAACAUAAAUCAGAAAUUCACGGCUGUCAAAGACACGGCAACUUUCAUUCGUAGAAGUAUUAGUAAGGCAACAACGAGCAGUAUUAAAAGCACUGAUGCCUGCUUGGUUGCGUUUCUUGGCACCUUCAUGUUGGCUUUGUAUCAUUAAGCAAAGAUCAGAGCAGAUACAGAUGGUGAUAACAAGAUCUUCUGGCCAUCUGAUUUAUAUAUCUAGAGUUCGUGAUUAGCGGGUGUGGCACGGACGUGUACGUAUUGUUGCACUUCGAGGGCUACUAUAGCUAGAAGCCUAGAUUAUUUAGAUGUUGCUUAAUUGUAUCUUCUUUGAGUUUUUUCGUUACUUGUAUAAACUUCAAAAGAAGAAUUUCUUGUUUAAUAUACCUUUCUUCAUUCACAUAUUAUUGUAAUUGUUCUCGUGAUAUUCGUCUGAUGACUAGUGACGUCCGAAUUGUCAUCUUACAUAUA